CCCCCACCUAGUUUCCUACAAAAACAAUUAUAGAUUCAUUCAGUGGUAGCAGCGCCAGUUCUAUCCCGACUCUCACGUUGUCGGUGUCGGUCUGGUUGGCUUCUUCUCACAUUAUAUUUUGACAAUCUUUUAAAAAGUCGGCACCGCAUAUUCGCAAGACACAAUUCUAUUAUUUAUUAUCGACAUAUUGUAUUCUUAAAGAAAAUCAGAAGCUUCUAUUGUGCUUCGAACGAGAAAUAUUUUUAGUAGUGUUACAAGUUAUUUUCGAGAGAGGUGAAAGUGGAAGUGGCUUUUCGGAGAAAGUUUCAUAGGGAAUCUCUUCUUGGCUGUCACCAAAUUACAAAAAUAUUUCAAUAUAAGACUGUUAUGCUGGAAAUAAAGUAUUUUCACAAAAGAUGUUGACAGUAAUGUGUCCAAACUGUCGUCACCGAUUUCCAGCUUCAGGUUGUUGCGAACCUCAAAAUAUGGAUGAAAAUAAUACUCUAAUUCAUCCAGCAGCCUGUUAUUAUGGUGGCUUAUUAGUUCCUAAGCGCUAUACUAGUGGUGGUGGUUGUUUUAUAAAUGCACCAACUAUUAUUCAACCUGUUAUUAAUACCUUCAAUUAUCCUUCAAUGGCACUUGAUUUGGAAAAGUCAAGAAUUGAUAAACAAAAGGAAAGUUCCCUUCAAAAGUUUAAAAAAAAUACACAAGUUCUUGGAUUUCCAUUAUUUAAUGAAGAAAUACAAAAAAAUCAAAGUUCUGGAUGUCAAAUCACCACGAGUUGUGAUUUAACUGGAGGAAGUAUGACAAUAACAACACCAAGUAUACAAUCUGGAGGCUGUUUAAUUCAGAGUACAGAUUCUGGGAGUUUUAUGCAAACACCACAUAUGGAAAUUCGCCCAAAAUUGUGUGGUGGUGGAUGUUUUAUGCAAAAGCCAAUAUCAGCUGAAAGUCACGAAGCUUCUAAUACAUUUCAUGAACAAAGAAAUCAACAAGAAAAUAUGACUCAUGAGAAAAGGAUGUUUUUAAUACCUCCAAGUGGCUGUCAGGAAUUACCAGGGACUCGAAGAAGUACUUUAUCACAAAAACUAGAAGAGGAAACUUCAUUUGAAAAUCGUGAAGAAAAAUCAGUUUUUUCUAAUUUUAAAGUGACUAAUGUGCCAGCCAUGCAAUUUCAACAAACUAAAAAUUCUAAAAAGGACGAACAAGAAUUUGAACAGGAUCAAGAUUUUAAUUGCUGUUGUAAUAAUGUUCAGAAGCUUUAUCGUGUUAAGUCAAAUAACAAUCAAGUUUCUAAAAAUCGUAACUCCAUGGUUUUAGACCAAAAUCCAGGAGUACAGAUUCAAGUAAAUGCGACUGUACAACUUCCUGCAAGUUUAGGACAAUGUACAGUGAAUAUAACUGCAACUACUACAAAUUCACCUGAUUCUUUGACGGGUAUAACUUCAAGAACUAGAAAUAAUUUUAAUGGUGGAGGUUUAGUGCAAAAGAACGAUAUUCAGAAUAAUGAUGAAAAUUUUGAUGACAGACGAGAUAGAUCUCCAACUACGCCAGUCUCUUGGUUAAUGCCAUGUCCUUGGAGUUUUGAUAAUUACACGAUAGACAGGAAUGCAGCUAGACUGAGUGAAAUUAAAAGACUUUUACAAACUUGUGGCUGGUAUCAUGAGGGUCUUAGUUGGCAACAAAGUGAAAAUUUAUUAAAAAAUACUGCAGUUGGUCGAUGGUUGAUGAGAGAUAGUUCAGAUAGCAGAUAUAUGUUUGCUGUGUCUGUGCAGACUGCUAGAGGUCCUACCUCUGUUAGAGUACACUAUUUUUUGGGACAGUUUCGAUUAGAUGCUGAACCUAGACUUGCUUUUGCGAUUCCAUUUUUUGAUUGUCCAAUUAAGAUGCUGGAAUAUUAUGUAGAAUAUUCCAAAAGUGUCGACGAACAUAGAAAAGAAGUUUGGGUAGAUUAUAGUGGACAACUUUAUAGUGAAAUUUAUUUGACAAAACCUUUAGUUAAAGGAGUUAGGUCCCUUAGUCAUUUGGCCAGGUUAGUUGUUAAUAGAAGUAAAUUACCCACUAAACAUUUACCACCAUUAAUUAGAAAUUAUCUGGCAGAAUAUCCAUACAGUCUUUGAAAAAUAAUGCAUAAGGUUUUUUUGAUUUUUGGAUUUUCUUUGUCAGUAUUUCACAAAAUUUUAUAAAAUUUGUA